CGAUGAUUGUUUUUAAUGGUAGAUUGAUUUGAGAAAAGUUUAUUAGAUUAGUUAUAUUCUUUCAUUCUUUUAAUUCAAUAUACAUUUAGGGGUGGGGAUUCAUUUCAUUUUUUUUUUCUAUUUCUUUCUCUCAACACUGCAUAUUAAGUCACAAAAAAAACAUUCUUUCAUUUGAUUUCACAAAAAUUCAUUAUUCAUCUUCAUUUAGGACUAUUGGUUAUAUUUCAUUUCCCAUCGGAUUCCAUUUUUUUCAUCAAUUGUUGUUUGUGCAAACACACACACACACACUUAGACAUUUGGGUGGGUUAGAAUAUUGUAGAGGAUGUUGGCAGGUUGUUCAAGUUCAUCAUUGUUGUCACCGACCCGAAGACUAAGGAGUGAAGCAGUAGCAGCAACAGUUUCAGUACAUUUUCCCAUGAACACACAGAGACUGGACUUACCCUGCAGCAGUAGCUUCUCCCGCAAGGAACCGAUUGAGCGCAAGAGCGGUGGAUGUUCCCUUAAGCAAAGCAUAAAGCUUCCACCUUUGGCAACAACAAGAGGAAACACAGAAGGGUUUUCAUGGAACAACGACAACAACAUAGUGAAGAAGAAGAAGAAGAGUUUGAAGAGAUUUGCGGAGGAGAACAAGGAAGACAAGUCUUGUCUGAGCAGAGUGAAGAGGCAAAGAGGCGGAGAUGAUGAUCACAACAGGGGUUUCUGGUUUGAACAUCUCACCACGCAGAACUCAUCUCAAGCAUUACCCUUUUCCUUGACAUGUUCAGGUGAUGACUAUGAAGAAAAGGUUUGGUUUGCGCCAAGCGAAGUGAUCUCUCAGCCUUUACAGAGUAAUAAUCCAAACUGGGCUAACUCGGUGAUAACCACCGAGUUAGCUGGUUUAGGCGAUAAGGACAUUGACAGUAGUAGCCGUCCUGCAGCAGUUAAAGAAGCUUCAGGAUCAUCAACAAGCGCAUCAUCAGACAGUCGACACAGAGUACCAGAACCCACAAAUGGUUCACGGAAUCAAUAUUCACACGGAGGAGGCAACACGGAGGAAAGGACCAUCAACAACAAUCACAUGAACGACUCGCAGAGAGAUUUCGAGCUUGUGAAUCUGCUCACUGGAUGCUUAGAAGCAAUCAGAACAAGAAACAUAGCAGCCAUUAACCAUCUCAUUGCAAGAACAGGUGAACUUGCUUCUCCUAGAGGAACAACACCAAUGACUCGACUCAUAUCUUACUACACAGAAGCUUUGGCUCUAAGAGUUUCACGUAUGUGGCCUCACAUCUUCCACAUCGCACCGCCUCGCGAGUUCGAAAGAACCCUCGAGGACGACGACGCAUGGAGGUUCUUGAACCAAGCGACACCGAUCCCAAAGUUCAUUCACUACACAGCCAACGAGAUGCUACUCAGAGCGUUCGAAGGGAGAGAGAGAGUUCACAUCAUCGACUUCGACAUCAAGCAAGGCUUACAAUGGCCCAGCUUCUUCCAAAGCCUAGCUUCAAGGUCAAACCCACCGCGACACGUGCGCAUCACGGGCGUCGGAGAAUCAAAACUCGAGCUCAACGAGACGGGAGACCGUCUUCACGGGUUCGCAGAGGCGAUGAAUCUCCCGUUCGAGUUUCAUCCCGUCGUUGAUAGACUCGAGGACGUUAGGCUGUGGAUGCUUCACGUCAAGGAAGGCGAAGCCGUCGCUGUGAACUGCCUCAUGCAGAUGCACAAGACGCUUUACGACGACGGGACAGGAGGAGCCGCGUUUAGGAACUUCGUGGGUUUGGUCAGAAGCACGAACCCAGUCGCGGUCGUUAUAGCCGAACAGGAAGCGGAACACGACUCGGCGCAGCUCGAGACGCGUGUCUGUAACUCGCUCAAGUACUACUCGGCGGUUUUUGACGUGAUGCACACGCAUCUCCGUGCGGAUAGCUUGAUGAGAGUCAAGAUCGAGGAGGUUUUGUUCGGGAGAGAGAUCAGGAACAUUGUAGCGUGCGAAGGAAGUCAUCGGCAAGGGAGGCAUGUGGGUUUUGGGCAGUGGAGGAGGAUGAUGGAGCAGUUAGGGUUCAGGAGUCUCGGAGUCUCAGAGAGAGAGGUUUUGCAGAGCAAGAUGCUGCUUAGGAUGUAUGGAGAUGGUGAUGAGGGAUUCUUUAAUGUGGAGAGGAGCGCUGAAGACGGUGACGGCGGAGGAGUCACGUUACGGUGGUUGGAACAGCCGCUUUACACAAUCUCGGCUUGGGGAAUUGGAGGAAGUUCUUCGUUUUGAGAUAAAAGAAAGUUUAUAGGGUUUAGAGACUUUUUAGAGAAAAGGAUAAAUGGGUUUUUAUUUAUUAAGAUAGCGAGGAACAAAAAAAAAAAAAAUUGAUUUUAUUCUUUCAUUCUUUUUGCUUGGGUAGGAUUUUUUUUUUCUUUAUAUGAAAAACUUGAAGGGUUAGAAGAAAUAUUUUGUACUAGUUUGAAUUUUUAAUAUAUUUUUU